UGAUAUUAAAACAACAAAUUUAGUUGAUACAGAUAGUAAUCCAAAUUAAAAGAAGAAUAUACAAGAAAAAUGAACUUAUAAUUAGACAACAAAUUCCACUUCUCAUGGUGAGAGGAGUUUGCAAAAAUCAAUAUCUGAAACAAUGAAUAAAAAUACUGAUUUACAGAAUAUAUCUAAUGCAGUACAUCUCUCUCAAGAUAUAUAUGAAAUAAGUGAAAUGACUGUGAAACAUGAUGAACAAAGCCAGUCAUCUGUAUCUAUAGUAUCAAAUGUCAAAAGAAAAAGGGGUAGACCUAGGAAAGUGAAAAAUAAUUCUAUAGACCAAAAUAUAUCAAACUCAUCAAAGAAUGACAAUAUUGUGCAAGAUAUCUCCGAUAUCAUUACAGAAUCCACAUACACAGUGCGCAGUACAAGAAACAGUAAUAAAAUAAGAGUUACCACCAAUGUAAGUGAUUUAAGUGAUGAAAGCGAUACUACUAAUGUGAAAGAUGAGCCUAUCGUCAAAAAACGUGGUCGUCCAGUUGGUACUACAGGACGAGGACGAGGUCGAGGACGAGGACGUAAUCGGGGUCGUGGUAGGGGAAUAAUAUAUAAUUCUUUAGAUUUGGAAUAUGUUCCUAAAAUGACGAGAAGAGAUUCUCAAGUGGAAAAAUUAGAAAUACUGGAACAUAAUUUAGAUUUAGAUAAAACAAAUACAAUAGACAGUGUUUCAAAUUGUUGUAUUACUGAAAAUAGUAUAACAAAUUCAAAUUCUUCAAAUAUUGAAAAAAAUGUACAAUUAGUAACUUGUGCUAAAUGUAAUCAACAAAUAUCAAAAAGACAAUGGUCUUCACAUAACUUGCAUAAACAUAAUAACAUGGCUUGGCAGGAAAAUGAGGAGCCAUUGGACUUUGAAAAUAAUAUUAAAUUAUUAGAGAAAGUAUUAACUCAUGCUCUUAAAAAAAAAAAACAUCUAACUUGUGAAAAGUGUGAAAAUACAAAACGGAGUGUCAAGGGCUUUAUAUCACAUAUGCAGUUUUGUGGAAAAUCAGAAGAAGAAAAGCAAGCAUUAAUGGUGACAUGCUCAAUUUGCAAAUCUGUUAUGAUGCCUUCUUCCAUGGAAAUGCAUAAACGUUAUAGUCAUAAACAAUUAGAACAAAAUAAAAAUAAAGAAACAUCAAUUAUAGUACAACGAACAAAACGGAAAGCAGCAGAGAAAGCAAUGCCAAAGAUAUUUGAGUCUAUGAAAGAGCAAGAGCCAGCAAAGAAAAUAGAGCUUGAUUCUUCUAUAUUUAAAAAUGUAAUACAAAUGCCAGAACUUAAAAAAAAGAUACCAACUGUUUGGAAAGGUAUGUGGAAAAAGGAAAUAGCUUCACAAGGUACCACAUCUUGCAAACAAUUAGGAUGUACUUAUAUAUGCUCUUCUUAUGAAAGUAUUUGUGAACAUUAUUCUCAAUGUAACUUUACUCCACAAGAGAAUUUUAUAUGUAAAAUUUGCAAGUUUUUUGCAGAUUCUAAAGAUAAAAUCAUAGAUCAUAUAACAGAAGCUCAUUCAGGCAAAGAAGACUUAGAUAAACAUUCUGAUUUUGAAAAAGACGAAGCGGAUGAGGAUUCAUCAGAAGAAGAUAUAAUCAAAUUUGAUGUAAAAAAAAAAUAUCGUUCGUCGAAACAAACACAGAUAAACUCUGAUGGUACAAGAAUAUAUAACAAAAUGACAUUCUUAGAUAAAGAAAUAAUGCAAAAUCCACAAUCAACUAAGCCUUACAAGCCAUCUAUACAUUGGACUCUGGAAUUUGAAUUGAAAAAUUAUGAACUUACAUUAUUUGAAGACAAUAUGCCAAAUGCUUUUACGUUACUGGAAAAUAAUAAUGCUAUAAAAUAUCUCCCAGAACUAACAAUUUCAAUGGCUAUCAAAAAUGUGAAGCUUAAUUCAUCACAAAAUGAAGAAAAUUCGAACAAUGAUACGUGGAAGCAUCUAAAUAGAUUCGAAAGCGACAUUUAUGAAACUGUGCCAACAUUUUUUGUUGGUGGUCCUGUAUGGGCGUUAGCGUGGUUACCUAUUCCAUCAUCAAUAUACACCAAAAAUCCUACACAAUAUGUUGCAAUUAGUACACAUCCUACUAUGGAAAAGGAGUAUACUGUAGGAAAUAAAUAUUCCGGACCAAAUAUUAUACAAAUAUGGAAUGUGGGAAGUUUAAAUCAUAACAUCGAUAGUACAAAUAAACUACCCGUCUUAGCUUAUGCAAUUGCACAUAAUAAUGGUACAAUUUGGUGCUUGGAGUGGUGUCCAUCAGGAUGCUACCAGGAUAUUGUUCUUGGCAACUAUAAAGCGGAAGAAAAUAAACUUAGACGAAUGGGAUUGCUUGCGGCCGCAUGCUCGGACGGAUGCGUAAAUAUUUAUUCAUUACCAUUUCCUGAUGAACUUAAAUUCGAAAAAACAGAAUAUAAUUCGUUGCCGAUUUACAAGACUGAUCCGGUAAUAAUAUUAGUCGUGAAUCAAUUAUUAUAUGAUAGUAACAAACAGAAUUGGCAAUGCACUAAGCUAUCAUGGACAAAGGAACAUGGACAUAAUAUCAUCGCGGCAGGUUUCACCAAUGGUUAUAUUGCAUUAUGGGAUCUCACGAGUACCUGUCCUAUGUUAGUCAAUAUGCGAAAGAAUACAAAACUUAUAAACACAUUCCAACAUUUCUUUGCUCAUCACAACACAAUUAGCAUGAUAGCAAUAGUUCCAUAUGGUAAAAGCCGAUUUUUGGCUUCCGGCAGUACAGAUAGAUCGUAUAAAUUUUGGGACUUGGAAGAUACAAGUACACCGCGACACUGUACGAAAAAGGGUAUAAUACUGGAUGGCACAUGGAUGACACAUUGGCCAUGUUCAGUUAUGAGCUUUGAUGAUGCGCUCGGAUACCAAUAUACACAUUCCUGUAUAAUACCAUUGAGAGAAUAUGGAUAUAAAUACUUCCCAAUUUUACCAACUAAUUCACCGACUUAUAGCAUCACUGUUUCCGAUUAUGCUAACAGUAUCGCACAUGGUACUUUAGCAGGACAAAUAAUAACCAUUUUUCCUCAUCAAUUAUUGUAUACAGAAAAAAUAUUAUCUAAGAAAAGACAAUUAAAUUCAUUCAUUAAAACGGUAGAUUUUUUAAAAGAUAGUCAAAAUGCAAACAGCAAUGGAAAUAAAAAUGACAAAAAAAAUUCUAAAGAUUAUCAUUACAUGCCGGAAACAUAUAAUGAAUGUAAAGAUCGUUUUGGCAUCAUCUUCCAUGAUAAAUUAACAGGUUUGAAAGAGAUUGUAAAAGAGAAACAGCAUUGUACUCUAUAUAAUAACGUGUUGACAUCUAUUCCUAUUGAACAAUAUCCAUUUACUUCUGCAAACAAGGUGGCUUGGAAUCCAAACGCAUGGAGUUAUUUGUGGCUUAUGGUAGGUUAUCAAAAUGGUUUAAUGAGAUUAUUAAAUCUAACAUUUAUGUCGUCUCACGACUUGAACACUUCACUAUCAUCGCAUGUGAAAUGUGUACUUGCUAAAAGAAAUACUUCAACUCAAUAACUAUAAAGUGACUACACUUUUGAUAGAAAGUGAAUAUUUUUUGUGAACGACAUAUAGAGAACUAUUUUUUAUUGCACUUUCACUCUUAGUUCGAAAAUUAAAAUUGUAUAAUAUC